GUUUUGACGAGUGCAGAAGUUCCUUCGGUCGUCGAACCCAAAAAAAAGAAGAAAAAACAAUUUUGCCCUUCGUCUUGUCUUAACCGCCGCAUCCUUUUCUGUACGCGGUGUAUUCGAAAGAGACCCCAAAAUUUAAAAAAAGGAAAAUUCAGACCAAGUCCUCCAAUUUCAGAACAUCUCCUGCCUACUCCCCUACUUUAAAAAGAAUUAGAUAAAAAUUCCAGAUAAGUAUCCACCAGCUUCUUUCUCAGCUUCAAAGAUUCUCCAUUUUCAGUCUCAGUACCAAAAAAAUUGAAAGAAAAAUCAUCCCAAAUUUCGCCCCCCCGCCUUCUCUUUUGCUCUAAUUUCUUUGAUUUUCUUUUUUUUUCCUGGGUCUAAAAGGAUGAUACCUAGAUGUGUAUCGGCGCUUGUCAAGCGGAGUUUGGGAUCCCAGAGAUUGAACAGAACGGUCGAGACAAGUGGGUUUAUGUUUAGUUGCAUAACCAACUCUACUUCCUCUACUAGAAGCAUCGAUUGUUAUAGCCUUUGUGGUGACCAUCCCAGCUCCUCAGGCUCUAGAACAUACACAACUUCAUGUGCAAGUUUGCCUGAAGCACGGACACAAGAGAAUCCCACAUCUGAUAUGCUAGUGGAUUCAUUUGGGAGGCUCCAUACAUACUUGAGGAUCUCCUUGACCGAGCGCUGCAACCUUAGGUGUCAGUAUUGCAUGCCAGCCGAUGGUGUGGAACUCACUCCUAACUCUCAGCUGCUUUCUCGUGGCGAAAUCGUUCGGUUAGCAAAUCUUUUUGUCAGCUCCGGGGUUGACAAGAUCCGGUUGACUGGAGGAGAGCCGACUAUUAGGAAAGAUAUUGAAGAUAUUUGUUUACAUCUUUCUAAUCUGAAGGGAUUGAAGACGCUGGCUAUGACCACCAAUGGGAUAGUUCUUGGUAAGAAACUUCGACUAUUAGGAAAGAUAUUGAAGAUAUUUGUUCCAGCGAAGUUUGAACUGAUGACAAGGCGUAAAGGGUAUGAGAGGGUAUUGGAGUCGAUCAACAAGGCUGUUGAGCUUGGGUUCAAUCCUGUUAAAGUUAACUGUGUUGUGAUGCGUGGGGUAAAUGAUGACGAGAUUUGUGACUUUGUAGAGUUGACCAAGGACAAGCCAAUAAAUGUCCGGUUUAUUGAGUUUAUGCCAUUUGAUGGAAAUGUAUGGAAUGUUAAAAAGCUAGUUCCUUAUGCGGAGAUGUUGGAUAGAGUGAGACAGCGGUUUGGUCAUGUUGAGAGGAUUCGUGAUAAAUCUACAGAGACUGCCAAGAAUUUCAUGAUAGAUGGACAUUGUGGAACUGUGUCCUUCAUCACAUCAAUGACUGAGCAUUUCUGUGCUGGUUGUAAUAGAUUGCGGAUUCUUGCUGAUGGGAACUUCAAAGUCUGUCUCUUUGGUCCAUCAGAGGUAAGCCUUAGAGAUCCACUUCGAGCUGGUGUUGAUGAUCUUGGAUUGAAGGAGAUAAUUGGUGCUGCGGUUAAAAGGAAGAAAGCUGCACAUGCUGGGAUGUUUGAUAUUGCAAAAACAACAAAUAGACCAAUGAUACAUAUUGGUGGCUGAGGUCCAUAUUAUUUGAGCAUCUCAAGGGAGCGGUCCGUCGUGGAAUCACAUCUUUUGGCAUGUGGUCUAGAGUGCUCCGAUAGUCCUGAAUUAUGCUUUUUUUUUUUUGAGGUUGUGUCCUAAAGUUUGUCUAAAAAUUUAGUCUCAUAUAGAGGAACCAAAUAUUGGGGUAUGUAUAUUAAAACCCCAUGUAAUAGUGGCGAAUGUGGCGUAUACAUAUCUGGUGUUGUCUUGAUUUCCAUGUUUCUAUUACUGAAAAAUUUUCGCAUACUUUCUUCCUUGGUUUCCA